AUGCUUUCGACUCGAUGUUUGCUCGGGAAAGUGGUGCGACAUAAUGGGGCUUUUCGAUUGAGCAGCACGCUAGUGAUUGCUGAGCAUAAUGAAACUACACUUUCUCCGAUCACUCUCAACGCUAUUUCUGCUGCUGGCAAGCUCGGGAGCGACAUAUCUGUCUUGGUGACUGGAGCGAACGCUUCAAAAAUCGCCGAACAAGUUGCUAAGGUUGCAGGUGUCAAGAAAGUACUUGUUGCCCAAGAUGACAAGCUCAAGCACAACCUACCUGAAUGCGUCACGCCUGUUGUGCUCGCUGCACAAAAACAGUUCAACUUCUCUUCAAUAGUCGCUGGAGCAUCGGCGUUCAGCCGAGGUGUGAUACCGAGAGUUGCUGCGAAACUCGAUUGCUCACCUAUUAGUGACGUUACACAGAUUCACUCCGCUGAUACGUUCACGCGAAAUCAGUAUGCGGGAAAUGCAGUGACCAAGAUCCAAAGCUCCGCACCAGUCAAAGUGAUGACGUGCCGAGGAACGUCUUUUCCACCAGCUCCGGAGGGAGGAAGCGGUGCCAUCGAAAACGCACCUACCGCUGACAUUAAGACGGAUCUCUCGGAGUUUCUGGGACAGGAACUGAGCAAAUCUGAACGGCCUGAUCUUGGUACUGCUAAAAUCGUUGUCUCGGGCGGUCGUGGAGUUAAAAGUGCUGAGAACUUCAAGCUUAUUUACGACCUUGCCGAUAAACUUGGUGCUGGAGUUGGCGCUUCACGUGCCGCUGUUGAUGCAGGUUUCGUUCACAACGAUAUGCAAGUUGGACAAACGGGAAAAAUUGUAGCUCCUGAGCUGUAUAUUGCGAUUGGAAUCUCUGGUGCAAUUCAACAUCUAGCUGGUAUGAAAGAUAGCAAGGUUAUUGUGGCCAUCAACAAGGAUCCUGACGCACCAAUCUUCCAGGUGAGCAAGCUUACGGGUGGCAACAUGAUGAAAGCCGACCUAUUCAAAGCCGUGCCUGAAAUGACCGCAGCUUUGAAGUGA